AUGAAUAUAUCAUCAUUGGAGAAUAGAUUGAAUAUACCCGUUGAGCCACAGGAGGAGGACUUCAAUUAUCAAUUGGAUGGCAGUGAUAAGAUUGAUGUCAACAGCUUUGAUAUUUUGUCAACAGUUGGCAAUGGCUCAUAUGGCGAGGUCUUUGUUGUCAAACAAAAGUCAUCAGUCGAUAAAGUAUACGCUCUAAAGAAGAUCCCCUAUGUUGGUGCAUUCGACUCUGAGUUGAUU